AUGUCUCCUGAUCCUUCUGUCUUGCCCCUCAUUGCCCAUUCUAUCCUCUCUAUCUGCCGCCAGCCGUUUCCCUCACGGUUUGGCAGCUUCCCCUACGCCCUUGAAGCGCUCCCAGGCACCUUGAAGGCCAAGUGGGACUCUCCCGAGUUCGCCCCUUACCGCGCCGCCUUCCCCGCGGAGCAUGCCGGCUCACAAGAGUCCCUCGCGGCGCACGUCCGCGAUCUUAUGAGCAAGGAUCUCAAAAUAUCGUACCUUAAGAGCCUCCAGGGCUACCUGUGGGAGACAGGCUACCGCAACGGCGAGCUCAAGGCUCCCCUGUUCCUCGACGUGGCGCCCCAGUUGGCCCGUUGGCGGGAGCACGGAGGUGUCAAAGUCAUGAUCUACUCAUCCGGCUCCGUGCCGGCGCAGAAGCUUCUGUUUGGACACACCAACGGUGAGCCGUCUGACAUCCUGCACUGGCUGUCGGAUUUCUUCGAUACGGUCAACGCGGGCCCGAAGCAGGAGAAGGCUAGUUACGAGAAGAUUGCGGCCAAGCACCAGGAGUAUCCUAUCGGCGAGUGGCUGUUCCUCAGCGAUAAUGUCAAGGAGGUUGAGGCGGCAAAGCAAGCUGGCAUGCAGAGCUAUAUUGUUAAUAGGCCUGGUAAUGCGGAGUUGUCCGAGGAAGCAAUGAAACAACAUAGGGUUAUCAAGAGCUUUGAGGAGAUUGGUGAUCUAUGAGCUGUGAGGGCAGGCAUGGGUAGCCACAUAGUGGUGGAAAGACAGUAGAAAAUCAAAAACCAAAAAAAAAUCAAAGUCAAAUUC